AUGAAGAAGGACCCCGAGGCAUGGGACUACCUCCAGAUAGACGACGGUCAUAGGACAAUCAUCGAAUCCCUAAUGGCUACUCAUUUUCGAAAAACCAAGUCUGAGCGUCGUCAAUUCGACAUCAUUCAAGACAAAGAAACCGUGGCGGCGUACUACAACAAGCCACUAUUACCUAUCACUUGCGGUGAUUUGGGAACAGCCCCGACUGAAGUGGAGGCCAAUCUCCAGGCUGCAUUUCAGAUGGCCCAGGCAUGGGAGUGUGUCUUGCUUCUCGACGAGGCUGAUGUAUUCUUGGCGGAAAGAAGCCAAGACAACAUUGCACGAAACGCACUAGUUUCUGUUUUCCUUCGAGUGAUGGAGUACUAUGAAGGCAUUCUCUUCCUCACGACUAACAAGGUGGGUUCCUUUGAUGAAGCUUUCAAGUCCCGCAUGUCAAUGGCCCUGUAUUAUCCUCCCCUCACCCAGGAGCAGACCAGAAGGAUAUGGGAAGUGCAAAUGGAUCGUACAGAAAAGCUCUCGGUAGAACCUGGGCCAGAGAAACCGCCUAAGCAGGUGGAGUUCAAGCGCGAUGAGAUCAGAAAUCUGGCGGCUAAGCUCUGGCAUUGGCAAACAACCCUGGACGACCACAAGCCAGUCUGGAAUGGAAGACAGAUCAGGAACGCCUUUCAGACGGCCGUGGCAUUGGCCGAGUUCCACCAGCAGGAAAACGAAGUCUCGGGCCCCAUUGUUGUCAGGGGAGAGCACUUUGAGAAGGUCGCCAAGGUAUCGCAUGAGUUCAACGCGUAUCUCUACUUGGUGAGACACGAGCGUCUGGAGAAUUAUCUUGCCCACAAAAAGGAGCUUCGGUACGACGACUUCAACCGGAACCAAUUUGGUUUCAGCGGGCAGGGGUUCGGAAUGGCUCAUCCAGGAGGAUUUCAGCAGGGCUUCGUGUAUCCAGGUGGCUUUCAGAAUGCCCAGCAGUUCGGUAUGAUGGGGAUGGGCGUGCCGAAUAUGGCAAGGGCCGGACCCGGCUUCAAUAACUUGCAUAAUCAGGGCAACCCCAUGGCCUCGCAGUCGUCUCAAACCGGCUUCGGCAACAUGGAUAGUAUCGGCCUGGGCAACACUGGUCUAGGAAACAGUGGUCUCGGUAACGCUGGUUUGGGCAAUCUUGGUCUGGGAAGUUCUGGAAUCAGCGGCUUGAACGCAGCCAUGGGUACGCAGCAAACCAACGCCAAUAAUGCAGAUAUGACGGGUCAAAGUUUGGAGGUACAAAUGACUCCCCAACAACAGCAGCAGCUUCUGGAACUACUCAGGAUCCAGCAGCAGCAGCAGCAGCAGCAGUAG